AAAAUCGUGUGAACAGAACGCAGCUGUAAUACAAUGGCGAGCGAUUGCGUUACGUCAAUCAUAUCAAAAUCAAAUGCCGCUGUCGUAUACUUGCCACUGUACGUUAUGUGUAUACGAAUAUUAUUUUAACGAAUCACCCUUUAAAUGAUAAGUUAUUUAGUCAGUUUCAAGUGCAAGUUCGGUUUAAUUUACUUCUACCUUAUUUUUAAAAAUGUCGCGCCUAAUGUUUUCCUAGUUUAAAAACAUACCUAAUUAUUUUUGUUUCAAACUCUGAUAUAUGCCUGUUUUCGUCAAAUGUUUAGAGUAGUUAUCGUAUAUUUAACAAGUUUCUUUAAUAGUGUUAUGAUAGAAGGAAGGUUGUUGAUAUUUUAAUAAUAUAAAAGUUGUGUUUACGGUUAGUGUUGAAAAUGUCUAAGCUUACUUUUAGUACACCAUCAGAGAGUCCAAGGCCUAAACAUCUUGGUAUAAGUCCACCUAGAUUAAAUAGUAAACUUACUCUCACAACGAACCAUCCACUCAUGACAUUGGGAAGUCCAGAAGAAAACUUUCCAGACUUAAUACCAAAGACUGCUAAUAAACUUGGUGAUGAAAAAGAUUUAAGUUUAUCGAGCGUUGAAGAUGAAAGGAUCCAAAAUCAGACGAAUGGAUAUGAAUUCUAUAGCCUACAAAUGAAUACAUCAAAAAAUAAUCUUUUCUACUCAGAAAACUUUGUUCCGACUGACAAUAAACUUCUUAGUGAGUCUUUAAAUCUGCAACCAGAUGUUGCCAGAAUUGAAGAUCUGAAUAAGAUAGAGAGACUGAAAGUUUCAAAAAAUGGGACACCUCACAAUAUGUUGACACCUAAAAGUAAUCAAAAAGUGCCAGAUGGAGAAAAUGAUAGUGCCAUAAUUAAAUAUAUUAAAGAAAGGAAUAAAAUAAUAUCUAGUCAAAGUACACCAAAGUGUAAUAGUGAACCUGUAAAUAUAACUCAACCGGAGGAGUUUUCAGCGGUGGCAGAUUGGUGUGAAUCUCCAUCUAUGUUACGUUCUAUACCAAAUUUUGAAUUGCCAAUUGAGAUGUCAAGUACUAUUGGCAUACAAAAUGACUUGGAUUCCCCUGAUGUAAUAUCAUCAUCAACCCAAGAAGACAAGUCUGCGUACCAGGCAUUGCUUGACCCCUACACUGGCUGUGUAGCACUUCGUCAAAGAACUGAUACAAAAUCCAAUUCUAGACCAAUGCGGAGAAAGAUUUUUGUGCCACCAGAUGAUGACAGACUUAGUUCAGAUAGUGUCAGUGCAUGUUCAUUGGAGUCGGAAGAUGAACCACCGGAGCCUGAACCUGUUGCUGUAGACCAAGUGCAACUGGACAGUGAGGUUGAUGAUGCUAAAAGCAGAUCGAAGUCAACGAACACGGUGAGUGAAUGCAGUGACCCGAUCCCAGAGUACUCCGCGGCCGAGGAGCUGCAGGACGAGCGCUCCUGGCUGACUGUGCAGCAUGGCGGACGGAACUCCACCUGUGAUAUGAAGGUGAUAGAGCCAUACAAGCGUGUGUUAUCUCACGGCGGAUACGAGGCGAGUGGCGCGGCCAUCAUCGUGUUCAGCGCAUGUCAUCUGCCUGACACAGCGCGCACUGACUACCGCUAUGUAAUGGAUAAUUUGUUCCUCUACGUGAUAUGGAGCUUAGAACGAUUAGUGACGGACGAGUAUGUAUUGGUAUACUUACAUGGAAGUGCGGGACGGAGACGUCUGCCUACCUUCGCUUGGUUACACGAGUGUUAUAAACUUAUUGAUAGAAGAUUAAGAAAAAGUCUGAAACAUUUGUACCUGGUGCAUCCCACAUUCUGGCUGAAGUCAUUCGUAGUUAUAACAAAACCAUUUGUCAGUUCAAAGUUCUUCCGCAAGUUAAGUUACGUGCGCAACCUGAGUGAGCUGAUGGAGCGGGUGCCUGUGGAGCCCAACGCCAUACCUGACCUCGUCAAGCAGUACGAUGCUACAAGACGAUAGAAUAUACACAAACUAUGUACCUGUAUUUAUAAACCAUAGAAAUGUAACCCAUGGGACUCGCCAGGGGGGGGGGGGGGUAAAAAGGGCAGUCACGGUUCAUGGGGGUAAAUUCCCGUCAAGCACACUAUUGUUGUUUGGAAAAUUGAUUAGACGUCAAACUUUGAUGAAACACUUCAUCUAUGGGUUAUAUAUUUAUGCUGUGUGUAUGUUGAUGUAUAGUGCCAUACAAACUUUAUGUCCGCUCGAGAUGUUACGUACUUUACAUUGGGUUUCAACUGCCGUGUCAUUGGUAUUACAUAUUUUAUCAUUUUCAGUUUUUUUGGAAAAACUAAGACAACAUAUUUGUGAGAAUAUUUUUAUAUCGUCAUAAAAUUUGUUCAGUGCCCUACCGGCAGUAAAGUACGCCGACGAAUCUCAUACAAAUUUUGGCAUAUUUUGUCGAUGGCAUAUGUCGUAAAUAUUCGUGCUAGACCCCAGUAUAUAGUUUCACGGUUUGGUACUUUGGAACACACACAAACAUAUGCUUUUCUCCACUCGCAAUGAGCAGAUAUGUUUGUUCGCGAGCGGUCAUAAAGUUUGAAUCUUAUAAUAGCAGAAGCCUUGCUGAUAUUUCACUAUGUUUUAUACCCAAUGGGAGGUGGUAAGUUAGCCGAAGUAUUUUUUAAGUUAAAAUUAAGUAGUGAUUUAGUUGCAGUAUUUAUUAUAUAAAUAAU